CGAUGUUCCUCCCCUUCACCUCCUUCGUCGCUUUCCUGGCUUCGGCCGUCUUGGCUCAGCAACUUGACCCUUCCAUUAACACACCCGUUGGGGUUACCCAAUGUGCAGUGUCCCUUUUGACGUGGUAUGGUACCCACCCCCCUUUCACCAUCUCUGCUAUUCCAGGUGGUCAGCCCGGUUCUGCCCCCAUUGAAGAUAUUAUUACGUCGAGCGACCAGUCAUAUUCUUGGCUUUGCAAUUUAGCGCAGGGAACCUACAUCACUCUUCAGAUCCGUGACACCCAAGGCAACCUUCAAUAUUCUUCUCCGAUCACGGUCCAGAAUUCUGGCAACUCAUCCUGCGUCGGCCAAUCCCCCUCCUCCACACCGGGCGGCUCCUCCACUGCAGGUGGCUCCUCUACGUCAGGUGGUUCCUCCACUCCGGGUGGCACCUCUACUUCUGGCGAGAGAUCUACUACAACUGGACUCAGUACCACUGUCCUUACCACAGGCUCUACCUCGAGCACUGGUACGGGCUCUCAUGGCAGUUCGACAACGUCUAAGGCCUCCAGCGCAACUAGCCCGUCCCCAAGCACUAGCACUUCCUCCCGUGGCGCUGCGAUGCCCACCGCUGCCGCUCAAUGGGGUGUUGCAGGCGCCCUUGGUUUCAUUGGCGCAGCAGUCCUUGCUUAAAGGA